CUGGAUUUUAAAAAAAAGUGAGGAGAGGAGUGGAACAGGGGGAGAUCUCUGAACAUGAGCGAGGAAGCUAAGGAGAAAGCAGGCGGCGGGAAAGCAGCCCAUCGCAAGAAGAAAGGCAAAAAGUCUGACAGUAAUGCCAGUUACCUGCGAGCUGCCCGGGCAGGGAACCUUGAAAAGGUCCUUGACUACCUCAAGUCUGGGGUUGAGAUUAACAUCUGCAAUCAGAAUGGUCUGAACGCGCUCCAUCUAGCCUCCAAGGAGGGGCACGUGGAGGUUGUUGCUGAGCUGCUGAAGCUCGAAGCUGCUGUGGAUGCAGCCACGAAGAAAGGAAACACCGCUCUGCACAUAGCCUCGCUGGCUGGCCAAACGGAAGUCGUCAAAGAGUUGGUCACUAAUGGAGCCAAUGUCAACGCACAAUCUCAGAAUGGCUUCACUCCUCUGUACAUGGCUGCCCAGGAGAAUCACCUUGAGGUGGUGCGGUUCCUUCUGGAGAACAGCGCCAGCCAGAGUAUGGCGACAGAGGACGGCUUCACCCCUCUGGCGGUGGCCCUCCAGCAGGGCCAUGACCAGGUGGUCUCCCUGCUGCUGGAGAACGAUACAAAGGGCAAGGUACGCCUGCCUGCCCUGCACAUCGCUGCCCGCAAGGACGACACCAAGGCCGCGGCCCUGCUCCUGCAGAACGACCACAACGCGGACGUCGAGUCCAAGAGUGGUUUCACCCCCCUCCACAUCGCGGCACACUAUGGCAAUAUUAACGUGGCCACGCUCCUGCUGAACAGAGGGGCUGCUGUGGACUUCAUGGCUCGGAAUGACAUCACGCCACUUCAUGUGGCAUCGAAAAGGGGCAACAGCAACAUGGUCAAGUUGUUGCUGGACAGAGGGUCCAAAAUUGAUGCAAAGACCAAGGAUGGGCUGACACCUCUUCACUGUGGGGCGAGGAGCGGGCACGAGCAGGUGGUAGAAAUCCUACUAGAUCGAGGAGCUCCUUUCCUGUCCAAGACCAAGAAUGGCCUGUCGCCGCUCCACAUGGCCACUCAGGGGGACCACCUGAACUGCGUCCAGCUCCUGCUCCAGCACGACAUGCCGGUGGACGACGUCACCAACGACUACCUGACGGCGCUGCACGUCGCUGCCCACUGUGGUCACUACAAGGUGGCCAAGCUCAUCGUGGACAAGAAGGCCAACCCAAACGCCAAGGCUCUGAAUGGUUUCACUCCGCUUCACAUUGCCUGCAAGAAGAACAGAGUGAAAGUGAUGGAGCUGUUGCUUAAACAUGGAGCGUCUAUCCAGGCUGUCACUGAGUCUGGCCUGACACCCAUCCAUGUGGCGGCCUUCAUGGGCCAUGAGAACAUUGUGCAUUCACUGACACACCAUGGAGCAUCACCAAACACGACCAACGUACGGGGUGAGACAGCUCUCCACAUGGCAGCCAGGGCAGGCCAGGCAGACGUAGUCCGAUACCUGCUCAAGAACGGAGCCAAGGUGGAGACCAAGUCCAAGGAUGACCAGACAGCGCUGCACAUCUCCAGUCGGCUGGGGAAAGUCGACAUCGUCCAGCAGCUGCUGCAGUGCGGCGCCUCUGCCAACGCCGCCACCACCUCAGGCUACACCCCCCUUCACCUGGCUGCCCGCGAAGGGCACCAAGAUGUUGCUGCCAUGCUGCUGGAGAACGGAGCCUCACUCUCCUCCUCAACUAAGAAAGGGUUCAGUCCCCUGCAUGUGGCAGCAAAGUACGGCAAGAUGGAGGUGGCCAGUCUCCUCCUGCAGAAGAGGGCUGCACCCGAUGCUGCCGGAAAGAGCGGACUAACUCCACUGCAUGUAGCUGCUCACUACGAUAAUCAGAGAGUGGCACUGCUGCUGCUGGAUCAGGGAGCUUCCCCACAUGCUGCCGCCAAGAAUGGCUACACGCCACUCCACAUCGCUGCCAAAAAGAACCAAAUGGACAUUGGGACCACACUGCUGGAGUACGGCGCCGACACCAACGCGGUGACGCGGCAAGGCAUCAGCCCCAUUCACCUGGCCGCGCAGGAGGGCAGCGUGGACCUGGUGUCGCUGCUGCUGGCCAAGAACGCUAACGUCAACGUGUGCAAUAAGAGCGGACUUACACCACUCCACUUAGCAGCUCAGGAGGACAAGGUCAAUGUUGCAGAAGUCCUUCUCAACCACGGGGCUGAUGUCAACCCACAAACAAAGAUGGGUUACACUCCGCUGCACGUGGCCUGUCACUAUGGCAACGCAAAGAUGGCAAACUUCCUGCUGCAGAACCGCGCCAGAGUCAAUGGCAAAACCAAGAACGGGUACACUCCUCUACACCAGGCAGCUCAGCAGGGCCACACCCACAUCAUCAACCUGCUGCUUCAGCACGGGGCCUCAGCCAACGAGCUCACCGUGAAUGGGAACACUGCCCUAUCCAUCGCCUGUCGCCUUGGUUACAUCUCUGUGGUGGACACUCUGAGGCCCAUGACGGACGAAAAUCUGACCACCAUGAGUGCAUCGGAAAAACACAAAAUCAACGUCCCAGAGACCAUGAAUGAGUUCCUCGACAUGUCCGACGAUGAAGUCCGGGCCAAUGUGCCAGAAAUUCUCAAUGAGGAGUCUUUUUCAGAUGUUGAUGAAGGUGAGGAUGCGAUGACCGGGGACACGGACAAAUACCUGCGGCCUCAGGACCUCAAAGAGCUGGGGGAUGACUCCCUCCCUCAGGAGGGGUACAUGGGUUUCAGCAUAGGAGCCCGCUCAGCCAGCCUCCGCUCCUUCAGUUCGGAUAGGUCCAACACCCUCAACCGGAGCUCCUUCGCACGGGACAGUAUGAUGAUCGAAGAGAUUCUGGCCCCCACAAAGGACACGCACCUGGCCGUGACCAGAGACUACAGCUCGGAGUGUAUGCGGCGCUACAGCUGGACUCCAGACACCAUGGACCACAGCCACAACACUGUGUCCAGCCCCAUUCACUCUGGGUUCUUGGUCAGCUUCAUGGUGGAUGCCCGCGGCGGUUCCAUGAGAGGCAGCCGCCACAAUGGCAUGCGCAUCAUCAUCCCUCCCAGGAAGUGCACGGCGCCCACGCGGAUCACCUGCCGCCUGGCCAAAAGGCAUAAGCUGGCCUACCCCCCACCCAUGGUGGAGGGAGAGGGGCUGGUCAGCCGGCUGGUGGAGGUCGGACCAGCUGGGGCUCAGUUCCUUGGGCCUGUGAUUGUGGAGAUCCCUCAUUUUGGUUCCAUGCGGGGGAAAGAGAGGGAGCUGAUCGUGUUGAGGAGUGACAAUGGUGACACGUGGAAGGAGCACCAGUCUGACGCCAGACCAGAAGACCUCACUGAGCUGCUUACUGGAAUGGAUGAAGAGCUGGACAGUCCUGCUGAGUUGGAGAAGAAGCGCAUUUGCCGCAUUGUCACCAGAGAUUUUCCUCAGUAUUUUGCUGUGGUGUCGCGGAUCAAGCAGGAGUCUAACCACAUGGGUCCUGACGGAGGCUUGCUGUCCAGCAGCACCGUGCCCAUGGUCCAGGCCUCGUUCCCACAGGGGGCGCUCACCAAGAGGAUCCGUGUUGGCCUGCAGGCCCAGCCUGUGCCAGAUGACAUGGUGAGAGCGGUGCUUGGGAACAGAGCCACCUUCAGCCCCAUUGUCACCGUGGAGCCCAGGAGGAGGAAGUUCCACAAGCCGAUCACGAUGACGAUCCCUGUUCCUCCUAGAUCGGCAGAAGGCCAUCCCAGCGGCCACCGAGGCGACUCUGCACCCUGCCUGCGUCUGCUCUGCAGCAUCACAGGAGGGACGUCCCCUGCCCAGUGGGAGGACAUCACCGGGACCACACCACUGUCCUUUGUCACUGAUUGCGUCUCCUUCACCACAAAUGUGUCGGCCAGGUUCUGGCUCGCAGACUGUCACCAGAUUCCUGAGACGGUUAGUCUAGCGUCUCAGUUAUACCGGGAGCUGAUCUGCGUGCCGUACCUGGCCAAGUUUGUGGUGUUCGCCAAGAUGAACGACGCCAUUGAGGCUCGGCUGCGCUGCUUCUGCAUGACGGACGACAAGGUGGACAAGACCCUCGAGCAGCAGGAGAACUUCGAGGAAGUGGCUCGGAGCAAAGAUAUUGAGGUUCUCGAGGGCAAGCCUAUCCAUGUAGACUGCUACGGCAACCUGUCCCCUCUCACCAAAAGUGGGCAGCAGUUGGUUUUUAACUUCUACUCCUUCAAAGAAAACAGACUUCCUUUCAACGUGAAGAUCAGAGAUAUGGGCCAGGAGCCAUGUGGCCGCCUCUCCUUCCUGAGAGAGCCAAAAUCCAGCAAAGGCCUUCCACAGACUGCCAUAUGCAAUUUGAAUAUCACACUGCCAUCCCACAAGAAGACUGAAAAGCCAGAGCGACGUCAUACCUUUGCCUCCUUAGCUUUGCGUAAGCGCUACAGCUAUUUGACCGACCCAGCAGCGAGUCCCCAAAGUCCUUGUGAGCGAACGGAUUUGCGCAUGGCUAUCGUUGCAGAUCACCUGGGACUCAGCUGGACAGAGUUGGCUCGGGAGAUGAACUUCACAGUGGAUGAGAUCAACCACAUCAGACUAGAGAAUCCAAACUCUCUGACAGCACAGAGCUUCAUGCUACUUAAGAAAUGGGUCAGUCGGGAAGGGAAAAACGCCACAACGGAUGCCUUAACUGCAGUGCUGACCAAAGUCAAUCGGAUGGAUAUUGUGACUUUGCUGGAGGGCCCAAUAUUUGACUAUGGUAACAUUUCAGGCACGAGAUGUUUUGCCGAUGAUAACGCUGUUUUCCGGGAUCAGGCUGAUGAUUAUCAGAGCAUUCUAGCGGAGCUGCAGUCCCCCGCCGCAUUGCAUUCUAACCCCCACUUCCUGGAGCCCGAACUCCCCGUCACUCCCAACCCUUCCCUUGCCCACCACCAACACCACCAUUACCCAGAACCAGACACCCCUUUACUGGCUGACUCCCAGCCUCAACCUCUGCCCUGGAGCCCGGAGACAGAGCCUGGUAGCGGAGAGCCAGAGAGCCCUCCUAGGAGCCCCCCCAGACCCUGUGAGCUUGCCCUGUCCGUCCCUGCCUUUGAACUCCCCGAUCCUGUCCCCUCUAAGGUCAGAAAGCCCCACAUCGCUCUGAACGACCAGCUGCUUUUAAGCGAGGAGGAGGACAGGUCCUGUCAAGAAAUGGAGCUGAGCCACAAGCCCAAGUCACACUCCCUCCCCGCCAUGUGCGAGUUAGACAUUGACAUGGCUUACUCCACAUCGUCCCCUUCACUCUCAUCAGUAUCAUCCAUUACCCCUUCAUCGCCUGACAGAGCACAAAUGGGAGAUGGAGGGGCGCAGAUGGGCGCUCCUAAUGGAGCACAGGAAGAUGUAGGUUUGAAAGGAGGUGAAAGGGAAGUGACAGAAGAAACAGAGAAGGUUGUUGAGGUGGUUGCAGCAGAGAUAGCAGAGGGAAAUGCAUUAGUGGAAAAGUGGGUAGAGCAGGACUUGAUUAAGAAUGUAGAGAGAAAAUGUGAGAUGAUAACAAAAGAUAGGUCUAAGUUGGCAGAAGAAAAUAACAUUUUGGAGGAACAGAAGGAGAGAUCUGCAGAGGAAGAGAAAGAUGUGACAAAUGAGCAGCUCGUCCUUAUUCAAGAUGAUAAUAAGGAGGCAGCCUGUGAGGUGGAGGAGGUAAGAGAUGUGCAGAAUCUGUCGGAAGAAGAUCAUAAUCUCAUAGAAGUUUGGCAUGAAGCAGGAAAAGACAGUAGAACAGAAGCAGAUACCAUGAAAGAGUGUAUUGAUGAAACACCUGAGGGUCAAAAAGUUGAUGGGAACAGUGAGGGAAGGGUCUACCAGGGUGACAGACUGGGUGACACAGAUGGAGAUCUGCAUCUUAAUGACGAGGAAGAGUUGUGUGGCAGGGAAAGAGAUAUUUGCGGGACAUCAGAAGGGGACGAGGCAGCCGAGGACCAGGCUGUAGCUCGACUCUCCCCUCAGGCCUGGGUCGAGGCACUUGAGGAGCGUCAGCCCAGUGAUUCUGGAUCCAAUGAGGAAGAGGAGGAGGGAGGCGGAGACAGAGAAAUCACAGAAGAGGCAUUAGGAUCUCUGUUGGAGGAGGUGAAGAAAGAAGAAGGCUCAGAGGAGGCGGAGGAGGAUGAAGAGAUGACCAAGGCCAGUGUUGAGGAGAUUCUUGAUCAGGUUGAACAGGCAGAAAAAGACGUGUGUUCACUUUCAGGUUGGCACAGUGAUUCAUCCAGCGUCAAUGUGGAACCACCAACACCCGGCCGCAGUGUCAGCUCCGACCUCCUAGACAGGCGGGAAAGCCAAGAGAACUCUAGCGACUCCAUCACUUCCUCAUCUAGGGGAGAAUCAGGGAGGUCCCGGCAGAACGGCGACAACUCAAAGCACUCACCUCAGGACGGCUCAUCAGAAUCAUCGAACGGCAGAAAGGAAGAGGGAGCACUAGUGUCGGAGAAAAAAGUACAGCAGCGGGUUAGUGUAGAUUCUGGUUCAGAGGAAGAACAGACUGUAACCACCCGAAUCUUCAGACGACGUCUCAUUUUGAAGGGAGAACAAGCGAAGAAUAUCCCAGGCGAGUCUAUGACAGAGGAACACUACAUGGACCACGAUGGUAACCUCAUCAGUCGAAAAGUAAUCAGGAAGGUUAUUCGGCGGGUGUCUACUCCCACGCCAGAAAACCAAGGAGGCGACAUGUGGCACCGAGACCUUCAGCACAGUCCCAUUCUGCAGGAAGACUUGUCAGAGCAGGGCCAGGGGUCAAGGAAUAGCAGGCGAAAGGAUGAUAGAAGAUCAGGGGAUAAAAAGCUCCACUCAUAGGGAUGGUCUUGCUCCACCAGGAACCAAGUUCAAUGUUUCCUGGAAUGAAGUGUUCAGAAGACUUGAGAGUUCCUGUGUGAGGACUUCAGGCAAGGGUCCGGUCUGCAACUAUCCGCUUCAAACAAAUGGUCUUCACAUGAGAGGAGGCGACCCUUCUGACUAACGCAUGAGCAUGAAAAACUCACCUCCUGUCAAUCAAAGGACUGGGAGGUUUCUCACUUUCUGACUGUGGUGGACCCGUGGACAAUGAUUCUGCUUCCCGUUUUGUGUGAGACGAUACGUGCCAUCGGUCCACUGGUGUUUGUGAGAGCUUUUUGAGGAGCGUCGUUUGCUGUGAAAACGAAAGUGACUCCCUUACCGACAACCACACAAGUGCAAACUGUGACCAAAGAUGGCACAAGAGCUCAAUCCACAUGGUGGGUGGAAAGAAUGAAGUAGACACAAUAACACACAAAAAAAUCUAAUGGAACACUUCUGAUCCAACUUCAACACUCGCCUUAUAGUUUUUUUCUUGAACCCAUUGUUGUCAGGAUGUAAAUUGUUUUGGGAUUUUUUCUUUCUUCCUUUUUAAAACUUAAACUAACACAAAAGCUUUUUUUCUGUAUAUAAAAUUACAAUGUGUAAAAAUCUUAAAAAAGGGGAAAGUUACUGGUCGAGAAGGCACUGAGGAGAGUAACCUUUUCAAGUGCUUUCAAAAAUUAAUUAAACAGUUCCACUUUUAAAGAUUUGAGUGUAACUUCACGGGUUCUUGUAUAAUUAAUUAUUAGAGCAGGUAUAAUGUUUGUACAUGAAAAAAAGAGCUGGUUUGAUUUUAACAGAAGACAUUUCCAGAAAAAUCAAAUUUCAGUAAUUCCCAAAGUGGGAAUGGAUCUAAUCCUACAAAAAGCAGCCUUUCAGAGUUCUCAUAUUUUCAUGCAUGCUGUUCACAUUAUUUUAAGUACAAUUUUUACAAGUUUGCAAACACUGUAUUCAAAUGACAAAUAAAACCCUUUAUCUGUGUACACAUAUAGCCCUAACAUUUGUCACCAAUUUUAUAUUUUAAAUUGAAAAGGGAUGCCAUUAAUACAUCUAUCAUGUUGGGGUGAGGAUGAAAAAAAGUUCUAUAGCUUCUCGAGGGUGUGAUGUCUCGUCUGUCUAUGUGAAACUGGAGGGCAGCUUCUGCUACAAGGAUGAAAUAAUCUGAAUGUAAAUGCUAGUAGGCUGGCUCGCUGUAAAAUUAUAACUGUAUUGUGCGUAUUGGCUAUAAGGUGUAGGAGUCUCUGUGCACUGUUAGACUGUUUGUAAUCAUUUUAGCAGUGUGUCAAUUUGGUUUUCUAACGGCUGCUGUGGUAUUUAAGGAAAACUGGGGCAUUUCAUUUUGGAUUUUUUGGUGAAGUAUUUCCUUAAUUUACAACCUACUCACAUUAAGGACACAUAAAGACAUUAUUUGAUUGUAGCUCUAAAUAGCAUAUUGUAUGACAAAAACACUGGAUGGUCAAAAACAAUUAUUUAAGCAUUAAAUAAAUUGUGUUUAACUCUGAAACUGUGUGAUCUUUUUAGGCUUGAGAGUCUGUAUAUGCAGUGUCGAAUAGAAUUGUUUUCACUAGCUCAUUGGCAUUUUUUUUCUUUACAUUAGGAAUUAUCUUUGUAUUGGUUUUCAUUAGAUGCCCAUGUAGUUCAAGUGUGGUGUUCUACUGGUGCGAUGGCUCAGUAUGCUGAUGUCUAUGCUGUGGACAUGAAAACUAUGUAACU